GGCGCUUAGUGCCGACCUUGACCUUGAAUAUCAUGGACCUAUUCGGGCUUCAUAAACCUUCUCUCCUCGAGGUGUCGUCUGCGCUUGAAAAUCAUUUAAAGGAUUGUUUCGAAACUGUCAAGUGCUCGAUUAUUGAUUGUCCUGAUUUGACAAGUUCACCAUAUGGCCUUACAUUAAGAGGGUUAAGUGGUAAAGGUAUAAUUUGUGAUGUUGGGAGCUUUGAUUACCUUUUGCCUGUCCCUAAAAAGGAUAGGCAUUAUGACCUUUUAGAUGUAUUUCGAAGUGCUGGGGUAGCUGCUGGUGCUGUAAUCGGGGCUGGUGCUGGACCAUUUUUUCUUACUGGAUCAAACUCUGAGAUGGUUAUAAAUAUUUCUUAUGAAAAUGGUGUUGUAAAAAAUGGUUCGUUAUUUGGAUCAUAUGAUAAAGAAAAUAAUAAACCUUUGCUAACAAAAGCUGAUAAUACCAAAUUUGCUUUGUUAGGUCAAAUGUUCAUGUGUGAAGGUAAACCUGGACCGGUAAGUGAAAUGAUGAAUAUAACGAUAAUUCACAUUAAAAUUUUAAUUUCUCCUCUUUUUUUGUUUCAAAUUUCUAUGCAUUCUACGCAGACUUAGAUGAAAGAAAGAGAUUAGUAGUGACUGGUUAAAGCUUACUUUUUAUUAUUAAAAUAAAUAACAUAUCAAAUUACUUAUUAAUUAAUCAUCUUUCAUCACGCAGUACCGUAUGGAUUUGAAUAGGAUCACUAGAAGUUAUCGAAUUAAAUGUAUCUGGGCGUAUUCGAGAUGGAAAAUUCGACGCAAUGAUUCGUGAGGCAUUACAUGUAAAAUAUGGUCAUUUAAAUGAUGCUGUUGGUUUGGGUGGAGUUAUAGUUCAAGAAAAAGGCAAAUCAUUAUAUCAUGUACUUGUAAGUGUAUCUUUUUUUUAUUACAAAAAUUCCAAUUGUCAUACCAUGGGAGUUGUGAAAAGGUUUUUACAUCAUGGUUUGACUUGGAUUGGACGACCAUUGGGAACUGUGAAGCACAGCUAGGCUGCUGUUUCAUUCUAGUAUAUGAAGCUCAGCAGUGGCAGUACACAUCUAUGACCACAUUAAAGAUCUGAUCUAGAACCUUCAGGGCUCAUGUUGAGUGCUUAAACUUCAUUCAGUCGCUUGCUAUAAACUAGCUGUCAUACAAAUAAUGUGGAUUAAAAUCUGCAGUACAUAAACUUAGUAAAUAUAUUUUACGAAAUCAAGUAAAUAUGAAUCCACGUAAGUAGUCUGCGAACCACUAGUUUUGUGUGUAUAUGUACCUAUGUGUUGGAAACUUCCAAGGAAUCUUCGAUAUAGUCUUCACAAGUCAGGCAGAUACUGAAAAUAUCUUAUUUAAUCCAACUAAGAACAUUUUCAAAACAAAAGGUUAUGUCGCACUUUAAAUAGGUAGUUAGAUAUUCUGCCAUUAAAUUUAGUAAGCUUCCAGAAGCUUUUAGAACGUUAAGGCCAUUUGUAAAUCUAUAAAUAACCUUGUUUUCUGUACAUUAAUUAACCUCAAAGUAAAUCUUUUAUUUGAGGCUCAAGUGUAGAACUAUUUGAACAUUCGAACAGCAGACAUUUAAUGACAUGGAUAAGAUUCGAACUAACACAGUGAAACUUCAGUGAAGACUUAUUUGGAUCAUUCACUUCUACUAGUCUGCCUAAAAAACUGAAGUGAGACGAAAUACAGUUUGAAUCAACCACUUAAUGGGUGGUUUGUAUCAACUUACAGGUAUUAUCACUUCUGUUCAUAAGUUCUACAAGGUAACUAGGAGAAAAGAGAGAAACUAUAGGAGUAUUCUUUUACUGGAUUAGUCUUGUCUUUCAGUGUAAUUACGACAAAUAACUAUAUACUUUUAAUACAUAUAUUGCUCACUUUACUAAAGAUUAUCUUAAAAGAGGAAAUCAACAGACAAGUCCUUAGUCUUCAAGAUGUCCCCUAGUACAACCAAGGGUGGAAGACCCCGCUCUCCUUCUGGGAAUGAUCUGAUAUGAUCCCAUAUAUUUAGCUAGGGAAAUCCUAUUCACUGACUUCCUUCGAAGGGAGUGUUGUUUACGAAAUUGAGAGGACGAAAAGAGAAUGUUCGGCGCUUCAACAGGUCUAUGGAUACUGAGGAUCCACCUAGGGAAGUUGGAAAACCCUGAUUCCAAACCAAUAGUGCACAUGGGCUCCCGGAUCUUGAGGGAACAAAUGGCGUAUGAACCUAUUGUUGCUCACUGACUACCAUACGACCACAUCUACACACGCUGCCCUACUGCCUUGUGGAUUAGAUCUCUAGAUCAAAGGCUCGUGGAGUGGCCUUCUUGGAAAACCAUCUACUUCGGUUUGCUUACCCGAACAGUGCCCUCUUCCACACAAAUUUGAUGGCAACUACCUUUUGGGGUGCAUAUAUAUUUGGGUGCCCUUUCAUACCAAUCUUUAUGUGUUUAAAUAGUAAUUAAUAAUAAGUCUUUAGGAUGAAGUUGUGGUUUACAAAGUUCCUUUCUUCAUUGUUUGACUUUUGGUCUGCAAUCAAACCGGCCUCCUUUGCCCCCCCCCCCCGAACUUUGUUUAUUUACAGCCUGAAUUCUCACAAGAACCACUUGAUUCAGGUGAGAAACUUCGUAAUUGGAUUAAAAUGUUUGAAAUGGAAUCUCCUGUGAUUUCAGUUGGAAUCGCUGUAUCACACGAUCCUCAUCAUCUUGGUUUACGCUUAGAACAUUUUCAUUGUUUUAAUCAAGAUCAAACAAAUUGUGGACAUUGUCAUUUUGAUACCUAUGGUCCAACUGUAUCAUAUCGUGGUUAUUUUUCAAUAGCUGAUCAUUUGUUACGUAUUGAUCAACCGAGUAAAUAAUUCAGAGAAACGUUUAGUUCUUUUCUUUCUUUCUCUCUCUCUCUCUCAUGUUGAUUUUGUUCUUAUUUGUAUUAUUUUUCUCAGGAAAACAAGUUGAUCAAUUCAAUCUUUAUACUUUGAUCAUGUUGACUUUUCUCAAUUUAUUAGUAAUAUUUAGUAGUAUAUAUUACAUUAGUAAUCUAUUAUUUAUUCAGUGGGCAAUAAAGAAUAGUUAUUUAUUUUUUCAUUAUCCUUUGCUUAUUUUUCAUAGAUAGAUAGAUAGAUAUGAAGUUGUUGUUAAGGGUGUCUGAUUGCGUUGAUUGAUAAGUAAUAGUUUUUGAUGGAGUUUUGUUCUAUGAGCUAGAUGGUUUGGCCGUUCUUCUGAACGACGUCAUCAGCACAAACUUCAGAUAGAAGUGAAGUGUUCGAAUUAUCUCCAUAUGUGUUUCACAUCUUGUUCUGUACACUUCGAUGUUGACCUUAAAUUUGUCAUUGUUUACUUCUUUGUUUUGGUUGUCUCCCAUUGGUUUGAUUUUUGUUCCUAUAAUAGUUGACAAGACGUCUCAAUUGACUUACAUUUCUUACUGUAGUAUCUGCGGCAAUACUGUUUUUAAUUGAUAAUCGAUAAUCACUGUAAUUUCUAUGGUAUAAAGUGAGAAUACAAAAGGUUAAUACAAUGAAGGUUUAUUAAAUCUCUGAAGUCAUAACGUUGCUAAGCUGAAUACACUCAUUUAUAUACGAAUUUUGCACACAAUUGAUGUUUAGUUUAUAAACAUCAUACAAAUGAAAUGAUACAUAGGGUCACACUGUAAAAUAUAAACGAAUAUCAUACAGAAUAGUACAAAUAGUAUAAUUAUCAACCACACUGUAUAGUAAGUAGUUCACAUCAGUGAUUGUUAAUUUGUGCAAAACAUAUUGAUAUGGAAUAAUGUAACGCUAGAAAAUAUAAACCCGAUAUUGUACUGACUAAAAUAUUACACUGAGAAUGUGUUACACUCAGUUACAGCGAACCCAUGAACUCGUCUUCUUAUUCCGACUUAUCAUACGCACAUGCGUAUAUAUAUGUAGAAAGACAGUGGUUGAUAUGAUCAAAUCAAUAACUGAUAAUAGGGAUAAGGGACAUAUCCAUGAAUUUGUAGCACAUCUGCUUCUCAGUGUUCAAUAUGUGUGUAAUAUUUAGUAUUGUUCCGUUCAUUUAGUGAUUGAAUGCUGUGCAUAAGAGCAUAUUUUACACUGAAUACUUCAUUGCUAGUUCUAAUCUUCGCUUUAUCCGUUUUUCUUUGAUCCAGCAAGUUGGAAUGUUCUACAGAGGCGUGUUCACAGAAAAUCAUCAUACUAAAUAUAAAUUAAUACUGUGUCGAAUAUAAUCAAUUUCGGAUAAAACUGAUGUUACACUCGUUAUAAAACUUAUCGUAAAUUGUUGUACUAAGUUAGAGGAAAUUCAUCAAUUCACCUUUUUAUCAAUUACUAAUAAGGACUCAUCAGUCUUACGUACUUAUUAUUUUUUAAGAGGAAUUGAUGUACUUUCCUGUGAUCACAUGAAUAAUGAGUAGGCCUGCUUCGAUGGACGAUACUUGCCGAUGUAAUUUUUCAUUAGGAAAACGCUAGAAUCCUCUAAACCGUAACAUUACAUUAGUCGAUGAAGUCAUUGAUAAUUACUUUAAGCCAUGUUAAUAGAUGCUGACUAUCUGAUUUCUGUCUGACAAAUAACUGCGUUCACUGGUUGGCGAUAAAGAUACAUUCACUCGAUUAUUUAUUCCCCUCGUUCUUGAAUUUCAUUAUCCGCUCAAUACCUUUUCACCCUAUCUCUCUAAACCAUAUUCUCAGUGAUUAAUAUUAUUUUCACUUCUACCAUAUUAUUUUGAUCUCUUGUGAAGUUCACUGUGCCAAUGUAGCAUGGUCUGUUAGGCCAAUGCAUAUUUGUACUAGGUUCUUUGUGUUGGGGAUGUUAGAUCUCAGAACUCACUUGGUAAAUGCCUUAAUUUGUAAUUUUAUUUUUAAAAUUUGAAUUCCUUUGUUUUCGCUCUAAAAGCGCUCUUUUCACCUUUAUGUCAUAUUUCCCACUUGGGAGAAUCUUAAAUGCUAUUGGUCCAUUGCGCCUUUUAGUAUUCUAUUUUGUAACGCUUCCCAAGGACGGUUUUUUGCUGUAUAUAUACGUUUUGAUUUGUAUCUGUUGUUAUCGUUCGUGCUUCUGGAUUUUUGCGGAAUAUACUUCUUCGUUCGGACUUCGACUUCUCUCUCUAACUAGCGGGGUUGAGACUAGUUUAUUGGUUUUCGGUCACAAGUGUUUGUUUCGUUCGCAGUCUAAGUGAACUCGUAACCGCUUCAAACCUGCCACUUUUUUGAUCAUGUCUGUGUGCUUGUUGAUAAUUCCAAACCUUUUUUUCUAAUCAUUUUUCGGACAGAACUGUAUUUAAUGUAUAUUGAAACCUUGGAGAAUACUUAAUAUCCUUUAAAAGUAAACUAACUUUAAGGAUUUUGUUAAAUUUUCUUCAUCAACCGAUCAUAAGUAGUGAUCUACUAAAAACUUUCUAUCGCUUAUUUGUUUGUAUCAAGUGCUUUUUUGAUUCAAUCAUUAUUCAAAUAAUGGUGAAUAGGCUUUUGGUAUUUCGUUGUUGUUGUUGUUGACAGAACUGUAUACUUUGCUUUGACAUUACAAUCAAAUCUGUUAUUUUCACUAAAAUUGUAUUGAAAUUUUCAUUAAGAAUCUUUUCUUUUAAGAUAGUUUUCAUCAUAAACUAAUUUCAAUUAGUGUACUAUUGAAAACUAGCAAUUACUAGCUAGAUAUUUUGUUUUGGUAUGAGGACUGCUCACUAGUGCACACACUCACAAGAGAUCGAAUACAUAAUUAAAUGGUUGUUUAAUACUCUAAUUUUCACUCUUCUCUCAAUACCAGGAAAAGUCUUCAAUAGGGUGUUGUGAAAGAGAAUGAAAGACUCCGUAGAUACCCAACUUCGUGACCAACAGUUUGGAUUCCGUAAGGAUCGAUCAUGUUCAGACGCAAUCGCAACACUACGGAUCAUUGUGGAACAAUCAAUUGAAUAGAAUUCAUCGCUCUAUAUCAACUUUAUUGACUACGAGAAAGCAUUUGAUAGUAUGGAGAAGAGAACACUAUGGGAGCUUCUUCGACACUACGGGGUGCCUGAUCGGUUGGCCAGAUACUAUCAGCAACAACCUACUGUGGGAGAGAACAAACCACAUCCCAGCUGAGGAAGAAAUCAGAAAGAAGCUCUUGAAGUGGAUAGGACACACAUUGAGGAAACCAUCCAACUCCAUCACAAGGCAAGCCCUCACUUGAAACACUCAAAGCCGAAGGAGAAGAGGAAGAAUAAAGCAGAUAUUACGCCGAGAAAUAGAGACAGACAUGAGAAGAAUGAACAACAAUUGGAUAGAACUAGAAAUGAAGGUUCAGGACAGAGUGAGUUGGAGAAUGCUGGUCGGCGGUCUAUAUUCCAUUGGAAGUACUAUCCUUGAUUUUCGAAGAAAUUUGUGCUUUUCCCAGAAUAAAUAAAAAAAUUAAGUGUCUCAUGUUACUUCUUUAUGUAUCGCUUUUCAAAUACUCUUCAUUCUUGAUUAUUAAUGAAUCCGCUUACCAUCACCUCAAAUAAAUCGUCAUAAUGCCCUCAAAAAACUGUUUAUACAAUUUUAACUACUUAUUAGUAGUUUAAAAUAUAUGAUAGAAAAUCACCUUGCUGAUAGAAUAGAUUUUCACAUUUCAAAUCAUUAAUCGAUCUAAAGUAGACAACCAUUGAAAACUUGGGAAGCAAUUACCUACCUGUAAUUUUUUCAUUAGAAAAGUAAUACAAUCUACGCAAAUACUCUCACUGAUCAUUUACAAAUAAAAUUUUUACAGUUUUUAAAAAACUUGACGAAAAAUUUGCUUUUAUGUUUCGGCGGGGACUUUUUUCAUUUUAAGUUAUGCAUUUUUUCUUAGUUACUGUGCAUAUACACGUAGAUAUGCCGGUAGGUAAGUAUAAUAAUGAAUAGAACUAAAACAACAGAAAAAGAAAAUACUUCAUUUAGAUUUUGAAAAUUACGCUUGUAAUCCAUUUAUUUGUCUAAUGAGAUAAGAUCAACU